UGAGGGGACUCCUUACUGUGUUGCACUGAAACCGGAAGCUGUUGGUACAUUUCUGCAAAAAAAAUCAAAAUGCCCUAGCUGAGCUGUUAGCUAGCCGAAUGAAUGGUUGCUCUGAUGCACUGAGGUGCCUUUGCUCACAUCUUUCCAAGAUGACAUAAAUCUGUAAGGUCAUAACUCAACUCUGCCGCUUCUGUCGUUCACGAUUUCCCUCCUUUGGGUACCAUGGCAACAAGGAUGAAGCUGAAGCUGAAGACUGUGUUUGUGCUCUACUUCAUGGUCUCCCUCCUGGGCCUCGUCUAUGCACUGAUGCAGCUUGGUCAGCGCUGCGACUGCUCAGAGCAUGACUUGCCUAAAGACCGUACCAUAUCUCGUCUGCGGGGGGAGCUGCACCGUCUUCAGGAGCAGAUGAAGAAGUCCGAUGCGACCAAGCAACCACAGAAACAACCAGCCAAGCCCACCGUCUUUGUCAUCACCCCAACAUACGCAAGGCUGGUGCAGAAGGCCGAGCUGACUCGUCUGUCCCAGACGUUCCUCCAUGUUCCUCAGCUCCACUGGAUCGUGGUGGAGGACUCACCGCACAAGACACCGCUAGUAACUGACCUCCUGGUGAAGAGUGGCCUGACCUACACACACCUGUACAUGCUCACCGCCAAGGACCGUAAACUGCAGGAGGGUGACCCCAGCUGGCUGAAACCUCGGGGAGUUGAGCAGAGGAACGAGGGUCUACGGUGGCUCCGAGAGGACAGAAGGGCUCAGCCAGGAGGAGACAACCAGCAGGGAGUGGUUUAUUUUGCUGACGACGAUAACACAUACAGCCUGCAGAUAUUUGAAGAGAUGAGGAGUACCCAGCGAGUGUCCGUGUGGCCGGUGGGACUGGUUGGAGGGAUGAAAUAUGAGAGGCCCGUGGUUGAAGGAGGAAAGGUGGUUCGCUUCCAUACCGGCUGGCGUCCCAGUCGCCCCUUCCCGAUGGACAUGGCCGGCUUCGCUGUGUCCCUCAAACUUGUCCUGGCCAAUCCAGAGGCCUGUUUUGACGGAGAAGCACCAAUGGGCUUCCUGGAGAGCAGCUUCCUUCAGGGAUUGGUUACCAUGGACGAACUGGAGCCUAAAGCGGACAACUGCUCUAAAGUGCUGGUGUGGCACACACGGACAGAGAAACCCAAGAUGAAGAGAGAGGAGGCUCUGCAGGCUCAGGGACUGGGCUCAGACCGCGCAGUGGAGGUCUGAGGAACACACACACACACACACACACACACACACACACACACACACACACACACAUUGUAAAGUGUACUCUGCUGUUUCAUGCUGCAUAUGUAACUCUGCAUUGUAAAUACUGUAAAACAGAAAAAAUAUCAGUUUGAGGUCACAUUUAAAUGUAUCUGGUCUUUGUUUUUGUGUCAGGUAGUAAAUGUACAUGUGUGUAUAUAUUGAGUGAGUGUUGUUACAACAGUGUACGUUAGUGUAUGUACUGUAUCAGGGUGUUCUCAGUGAGUUAGGUGUGUUUGGCCAGCGGUAAAGUGGAGGAGGAGUCUGGAGUUUAAACAGUUGCCUGACGGGGGCGCCAGUUUUAAAUUUUGUAAAGCCAUGCUGUUACACCAGCAAUAUGUUUUCCUUAACGCUGGAGGAAGGAAGGAUGCAUGUUAUUACAGACGUCCAUGCUUGCAUCAUUUGUAGCGAUCCACAUGUUGACUUGUGCUCAGUUUAAAUCCUGCAGUGUGAGCAUUCCUAAUGGCACUUAGAUGUUGUUAUUGCUGUGCUCCAGCCGGUCUUGCUCCAGCCUCCUGUCUCUGUUUCCUUUGCUGGUUGGAUCUGAUCUGUAACCAGUUUCAUCAGUGCAGCCGCUAACCUCUUGAUACAGAUGCAAUGGAGCACUUUACUCAUGCAUGGAUUCUAUUUUUGCGUGAUCAGUGUCCGUAAGUCCAUAUUCAGCCAUAUAGAUGGUUUUUUUUUUCAGUCACCAUCAUAGGCAUGAUAAUAAUAUUUAUACAACCUAUCAAAUCAAAAUUUCUGCAUUUCGUAUCAAUGUAAUAGUAUUGUGGAGUGAAGAUUUUUUUUUAUUUUUUAAAGUAAACAAUAUUUAUUUAUUCAUUUAUUCACAAAACUAACAAACUUAAUUAAGAAAAAUGCUCAAUAUUUGUUGCCUUGUAUUUAUUAUGCUCUCAUACACAAACAAGUGGUGCCACUUGGCAACACUGUGCUGCAACACCGACCACAACAAAUACAGAGAAGCAAUGGUUCCACACCCAGUGUAGCUUUAGUGUUGAAGCUCAGAGUGCAAAUGCUGGUUUUCUUUUGAGAUAAUUUUUUUGGGGCAUUUUUAGGCCUUUAUUGACAGGACAGCUGAAGAAAUGAAAGGGGAGAGAGGG